UCACUUAGAUAAGACAAACCGCAUCGCUCUAGGCGCCUUUCAGAGCUUGCGUGUCGACUAUCAUCCGUCCAGUCCACCAUCGCCAUAUUCCGUGAACCACCCACCCUUCCCUAAUAAUUAAGAUAUUUGCGUCUAUCAGCGUCCAGGCUUCUCUUCAAUAAGUUGAAUAACUUGUUCAUUCCGACCCUUGUGUCCUCAAUCACUGCUUCGAAGAAUCACUUGUCGUGAUAAUCGCUAUGUCAUGCCCACAAUGUGGAUAUUCAUCUGAUAGAGCACCUCUACCUAUUCCUCUUCAUUCCACCCGCGUCAAUAACCUCCUGCACACCAAUGACUCCCCAACCGAAGAUGAACAGAAAACUCUGGAGACCUUCUUAGGCCAUGGCAAAUCGGAACUCCAAUACCUUAAGGCCCGCAUUGUCUCGGUGAAGGUUCUGCUCGAAGAGCUCGAGCGCGCUAAAGCUUUGCUUGCAAAAGCAGUCUCAGAGCACGAAACGGUUCUGAAUCCUAUGCGACGCAUGCCGGAUGAUCUCCUGGUGGAGAUAUUUCUCCAUGGUGCAGGGCUUUAUAUAGAUCCCGGAGACUAUUUUCCUUCGGCACGACAUUCUCUGGAUCUCAACUCCCCUCCAUGGACAUAUAGCCGGGUGUGUCGUCGCUGGAGGGGGACAGCCAUGCGUACACCUCUCCUUUGGACACGAGUCAAAAUCGAAGCGGAUUACCUUGUCAGUUUACGUCAUUCACAAAUAACCCAACAGAAUGUAUGGAAUAGUCAUCCGAGUCAGAGUCCGCUUCCUUUUGGUCUCUCCCUUCUAUCAGGGUAUCUAAGUCGUUCAGCCGCAUUACCUCUUGCUAUCUACCUUGACAUGCCCUCAUAUCGCUCGGAUAAUUAUGCUUACAGCAUUUCUGCCCUCGUUGCCUCUCAUUCCCAACGCUGGGAAUCAUUAUUUCUGGGCAGAGUUCAAUCUUUUGAUUCCAACAAUAUGGUCUUAUCAGAAGACUCCUUUCCCUUGUUGAGAAGGUUGCAAGUUAAGCUUCUGGAGGUGCUCCCAUUAGUUGAUAUACCUGCUCCAAGGCUAAAAUCAUACUCGAUUGUUGGCAGCGGCGGCUUAGGAUCUAGUAUCACCGAGGCUAAACUCUCGACAAAACUCUGCAGUCAAAUUACAGAUUGCUUGAUUUCCAAUAUUUCAUACAAGGUUGCAUUGAGAGUGUGCGAACACCUCCCCAAUUUAUGCAGGUUAGUUUUAGUACAAGACUUGCCACUCGCCUUUGAUCCCAACUCAGAGGAUCAGAUAAAAGUACUUCCUCGUCUCAAAGAGCUCUUCGUAGAACAGUCAAAUCAUCCAGUCUUCUCAUAUGUCACGGCAGUCUGCAAAUCAAUAACUUGCCCAGCUCUUACAUCCCUAUCUAUCCGAGUUUUUCACACUGACCCCUUGCUGAAAUCCACCAUCAAAGAGUUUGAAAAGCGCUCCGCUUUCAAUCUUGAAUGUUUAGUUAUCAAUGCAUGGACCUAUAUUUACGAGGACAUCCAGAGCACUAUGACCCUCAAAUCACUUGCAGUCAGUGAACUUAGCUAUCACAGAGCCAACAAUAUCUUCUGCAAACUGAAGCCUUUGGAAUCAGCAACUAUCACCCCAUUUCCCGUCCUUCAUCAACUGAAACUCCAUCUGUGGCGUAUGCCUAUACCCGGGGGCAGCUAUGAUUUAAUGGAGAACUUGUAUCACUGUGUUCUUUCUCGUCUCUCUACUGCCAACUCUUCCAAUCAUAACAAUCUGUCACCUCACGAAGUGUUUAUCACCGCGCCGGAAAAAGAGGCUAGGAAGAUGCUUGACCAUCCCCAAUUAGGGACACUUCGUUCACUAGGAAUGAAAAUCGAUAUCAUCGCUUCGUGAACUUAGUAUGACUAUUACCACUUCUAUGCCAUCCUCCUCAUCCUCCUCCUGUAUUCCGGUAUUUGAUUCGAUGUAAAUGGUUCUAGUCAGAUUGCGGGGACAUCUUUGUUGUUGGUACCUACCUGAUAAACAACAUUACUAUUUUUUGCCCACAGAUGUUUCCGAGUUGUUCUU